AUGUCCGAAUCAGCCUCGCCCAAGCGUGUCUCCUUUGACGACCGCCGCUCGUCCGUCAGUGACGAGGACCGGAACGCCGUUGAGGUUGUCUUUGACGACUCCAACCCCUACCGCCGCAAGAGCUCCCUGGUCUCUGAGGACGCCGUCCCCCCGCAUCUCCGUCGUGCACCACCGCCGGGACGCCGCAGGACAGAGUGUCUGGUCCACCAGUUCUUGGCCAACCAGCGGAAGAUCAAGUCGCAUUUGCAUGGUGGGAAUGAGGCAGAGCAGGAUGGAGACCUGGAGGGCCACCAUGGUGGAACCACCCAGGUACACCAACCCAAGGUCGGGUUUGCUGCUUGCGAGGCUGAGGAUGUGUCCGGUGAGGCCGGGUCAGAUCGGCCUCUUGAUCCCAAGGCCGGGAAGGCCAAAGACCUGGGCCGGGAGGAUUCUGAUGAUGGAUUGCAACCCUACGCGACUGUGAUCCGAGACUCGCGCGUUGGCAGUGAUGGGUAUGAACUUGAAGGCGAGGAGGACUACACCCCUAACGACGACAACCAUGUCAGCCCAAGCACCGCAGCAAACAAUACCCACAGCAACACCUCAACCCCCGGCCCCGGCCAGCUCGACGAAAAACAAUGGCGACGCUCCAUGGUCGGCACGCUCUCCCGCACACCUUCCCAACUCGACCGGCGCUCCGCCUCCGUCGACGCCCCCAACUCGCGACUCCUCACCAAACAGCAACUAAGCGAGAUGGCCUGGGGCGUGCGCGAGCUCAGCCGUCGCCUGGGCUCCAUGCGGCUGCGCUUCCGCGUCAAGACCAUUUUCCUGCUGACCAAAAUCUACGACCCGACCCUUAUCACCAAGACCCGCGAGUUAUCCCGAUGGUUGCUUGAUCGCCAUCGUGAUGUGCGGUAUACUAUCUAUGUUGAUCGUGAACUGCGGGAUAACAAGAAGUUUGACGCACCGGGUUUGAUUGAGGAGCUUCGUCGGGAUUAUCUCUCUUCCGCCGAGCCCAGCGAGCUCAGCGAGCAGGAAAAGGCGCAGGCACAGGAAGAAGCCGACAACCUCCCCAAACGCCUCCGCUACUGGGACGAAGCCAUCUGCCGGUCCCGCCCACACACCUUCGACUUCGUCAUCACCCUCGGCGGCGACGGCACCGUGCUAUACGCCAGCUGGCUAUUCCAGCGUAUCGUGCCGCCCGUGCUGAGUUUUGCGCUGGGUAGUCUGGGGUUUUUGACCAAGUUUGAUUUUGAGGAUUAUCAGAAGACACUCACGGGGGCGUUUCAGGAUGGAGUGACGGUUAGUUUGAGGUUGAGGUUUGAAGCGACUGUUAUGAGGAGUCAGGAGAGGAAGGUUGUUGAAGGGGGGAAGGGGGAGGAGGAGGAGACGUCGCCGGUGCGGGAUUUGGUGGAGGAGUUGAUUGGCGAGGAGAAGGAUGAUGAGCAUACCCAUCGGCCGGAUGGGACGUAUGAGGUGCUUAAUGAGGUUGUUGUUGAUCGUGGGCCGAAUCCGACAAUGAGCAACGUCGACAUCUUCGGCGACGACGAGCACUUCACCUCCGUCUCGGCCGACGGCGUCUGCGUCAGCACCCCCACGGGCUCAACCGCCUACAACCUCGCCGCAGGCGGUUCCCUCUGCCACCCGGAAAACCCCGUCAUGCUGGUCGCCGCCAUCUGCGCGCACACAUUAUCCUUCCGCCCCGUCAUCCUGCCCGACACCAUCGUUCUGCGCAUCGGCGUACCCUACGAUGCCCGCGCCAGUUCGUGGGCGAGUUUUGAUGGGCGGGAGAGGGUGGAGUUGCGGCCGGGGGAUUAUGUCACGGUGAGCGCGAGUCGGUAUCCGUUUGCGUGUGUGCAGCCGAGUGGGAGGAGGAGUGAGGAUUGGAUUAAUAGUAUUAGUGCGAAGUUGGCGUGGAAUUCGAGGCAGAGGCAGAAGGCUUAUAAGGAGUGGAAGUAG